AUGCCCAUCCGGCGGGUUCCCAACGUCUCUGCUACCCCGCAGUUCCUAAAAAGUAAGCCAUCAGUGCAGUCUGUUGUCAUACGAGAUGAUAUAACAUGUGGGCUUAUGGGCUGCACACUUUGCAAUAAAGAUGUUUCUGACCGGCGUCCAAGAUGCGCCAUUCUCCUCCCCACUCCCGCUGUGUUACUGUUACACACCACUCUCUUUGAGCAUACCACAAUAAGGAAGAUGUUUACCGUCGUUGUGCUGGAUUCCGUAAUAGAUUAUAUCAGAGAGCAGCAUCCCACCAGCUAUCGUGCUCUCCAGCGCUACAUUCAAUUUGAUGGGUGCAUUCGCUUUCCCGAUAAAUCGUGCAAGGAUACAUCCAAUGGCCACGCUGUGUGCCGUACGGUGGAACAGCUUUGUGACGCGCUAGUGACUAGUCAACGCUACUUCUUACUCCACAGUUCGCACGCAACUCCUGAGGCUACCACCGCCUGCCCAGUUGUUGUAUUAUGCAAUAAGAGCUCCGAGCAGGAAUUAGAGUUUCCGGUUCUAUCAGAGUCAUCGGCCUUGAAAGGGAAUCUUGAUAAUAUGCUGUCUAAGAAUAGUAAGCCAUGGAAUCCUGUCGCCAUUGACAUCUCGCUCUUCUUCAGCAACGCAUUCUACUGUCAGUUCGUUUCUCCUUCGAUUUCUCUUAUCGAGCCCAGUUUGGGGUCUCCCCAUCUUUCUUAUGAAGACUUCCGUGAGUUGUACAGUGACUCCACUUUGCAGCUAACUCUCAAGUCUUCGUUCAGUUACUUGCCCCACAUAUCUACCGAGAAAGCAGAGUUUAUGAUAACAAAAAGACAGCUUCUUUCAGGCAAGAUGACCGUCUGGGGUCGUGGAAAGCGCGGGGAAGUCUUAACUUCCUACAAACAUAUGAAGGUAACACUGUGCAAUCCCUUUUAUUUGAAUAGAAGCCUUGCGGGGGACCAGGUUGCACUUGCAUUGAUAGAGCAAGAGGCCUGGGAAGACAUAGAGGAUUCAACACAUGUAGAUCCUCAGCACAUCUGCUAUGAUGCUUGCGACUACAUUGACAAGCUAUCCACUACUGUUCCUGGAGGGAAGAUAUAUGGCAUUGUCGUAGCCAUUAUGAACAGGCCCAGGCAUGAAUAUUGUGGGACAGUCAAGAUUCCCUUUAUACUAAAGCACUUAAAAGAAACACCUAAUCACCAGGAAUCUGAGCUUUCCUCGCACACAGAGAAAACGGCAAUGCUCAGGCCUUUUCGACGCAAUCUCCCUGACUUUUUCAUUAGAUCUCUUUCGUCUAUCGACCACUAUAUUGGGAAAAGAGUCCUGUUUAUUAUCGAAUCGUGGGGCUCUGAAGAAAGGUCGCCGACUGCUCGCGUGAGCUCUAUUCUUGGUGACGUCGGUGACAGAGAUGUCGAGGCUGAUGUAGUACUUUUCGAGUAUGAUAUACCCCACGCUAACCUGCAAGAAAAUGAGGACAUUAUGCUAGAGCUGAAACCGUUUGGGUUCUCGUCCGGAUCUUACUCCAUUCCAAGCGGAGUUUAUGCGUCUGCAGUGACACCUCCAACCCAGCAAGAGUCGUUGGCCAGCGCCCCUGAAACAACGCUUUCUCAAAAUAUUCAGAGCUGUGGUAAAUAUCCCACUGCCCGUCUGAACUUGACUAAUGAGUAUACUAUCUCUGUUGAUCCUCCGUCUUGUAAAGACAUAGAUGACGCCCUACACGUUAAGACCUUGGGACCCACGACGUUUGAAAUUGGUGUACAUAUAGCAGAUGUUAGCUUCUAUGUCCGCCCAGAGAGCGCAAUCGACCUUGAAGCACGUAAGCGAGGCACCAGUGUAUAUUUUCCAGACAGACGGAUUGAUAUGCUCCCAGCUAUUCUGACUGAGGAUAUCUGCUCACUUAGGUCUGGGGUAGAUAGGUUAAGCAUGUCUGUGCUGAUAGAGCUGGAAUUAUACAGAGAGGAGGCAGGAGUCGAAGAUCUUGAGCUCGACAUGGAGAUGAGUAAGGUAGCAGGACUCUCGCCAGAAGAGCGAAAGCUUCGUCUAGUGGUCAAGCAGUACUCGUUUACCCAAGCGAUAGUGCGGUCACGUGCCUCGCUGGCGUAUCACGAAGCCCAGUGGCUUUGUGAGAUGGAUUCGGCAAGUGUUUUUGAAGCAUAUGAGGGCUCAGGUUAUAGGAAUAUGUCUAAGGCUUUGAGAAACCAUAUCAACGAUGAGAUUCUUGAAAAUCAGAUAAAGGUGGCGAAAAUUCAACAAAACCUUAAGCUUCUAUUGUUCUUGAGCAAACUACUCAAAAUGGAACGUCUUCGAAACGGAGCAUUAAUUUUAGAAACGCCUGCAGUGGAGUUUACAUUGGACCCCAUUACAAAACUACCAACAAGCCUCCACGAGCACGCUUCCCUCCCAACAAUGUCUAUGAUAGAGGAGUUCAUGCUUCUGGCCAAUCGCCUGGCUGCUGAGUACACACUUGAGAAGUAUCCAAGCAUUUCAAUUCUGAGAAGACACCCUAAGCCCACUGAGGAGCAGUUCAGUGUCCUUAAGAAGCAAAUUAAGGACAUCUUUCACUUUGAUUUAGAUACAGCGACAAAUAAGACACUUAGUGCGUCCAUACACACCGCGAUCAAGGAAGGUGCUCUCGACAUGAAGCAGAUAUCCAUCGUUAGGCAGAUGCUCACACGAUGCAUGAUGCUGGCCAAAUAUUUUGUCUCCUCAGAGUAUACCGUAGAUGAGUUCUAUCACUAUGGUUUAGCCUUACCAAUCUACACACACUUUACAUCACCUAUCCGUCGGUACUCAGAUAUACUUGUCCACCGUCUCUUAGCGGCCGCAGACGGAAGAGCUAACCUCCCUGCAACCCAUUCCAACACAGAAGUAAUGAGCCAGAUAUGUGCCAAUCUCAAUUCAAGGAAAGAGAGCGCUGACAGGGCAUCCAGCGAAGCAGAUAAGAUUUUCAGUGUCUUGUACGUCAUUCAGAUGUGGAGUGGCGCUAUUAAGAUGCCCUGGACAGACGGUAGCAAGUCGAAAGGUGCACAAUAUUCAUGGCUACGUGGAAGAGCGGGUGUACUUCGGAUAGGAGACCGGAGGAUAUCGGUCAUUCUUAGAGAUUAUGGGGUUGACGCUGAGAUACGGCUGCAGCAAAACGAAAUUGUUGCUGUUGAUCCAAAUAACAUGUGGAUUGAUGUAGUAUUCGCUGCAGAUCAAGCCGUUCGAGCCGUUCGCCGGGUGACAAUCUUUGAUGAAAUAUGGGUAGAGAUUGGUUUGGAUUUUUCGAGAAUUUAUGAGUUUGAUCUUCACGUAAGACUUAUCGACAACGGUGAGGCCGAUUCCGGAGGUGCAAAUUAA